UCUAUGCUCUCCUUUCCCUUCAGCAGUCAGCCAGUCACCCACUCCCUCUCUCGACCUUUUUACGCCCGUUGCUUUGCUUCUCUAGUCUCCUCUUGUCACUCCGUUUCUCUCUCACUUCGCGGCCACUCCCAGGAGCCGGCAGUCUUCUCUCUCUCCUCCCUCUUACAGCUACGAGAUUCUAGAAGCCAACAAAAACAGGCGGAAGCGAGCCGGAAAAGCAAACCCCAGUCGCCGCCACUUCCCCAAGCCCCCUUCCUCUCCCUCCCUCUCUCUCUCUAGAUCUACGCGAGCCUCGGGUUCCGCGAUCGCUGCCCGCGGCGGUUUGCUACUCCUGCGCGCUUGCUCUGCUCCAGGGGCGCCACCGAUGGUCUGCUGAUCCGGCCGAGCACACAAAGGAUGCGGAUGGGAGGCGGGUGCUUUGGGCGGCCCGCGGUUCGGGUUAUGCUCCAACUGAUGCUGCUGAUUGCCGCGGCGGCAUUGCUGCCGCGGGCGCUUGCGCUCACUGACCCCGCAGACGUUGCUGCUAUAAAUGGAUUGUAUGUUGCACUUGGAUCGCCAACUCUUACUGGAUGGACUGCAAAUGGUGGAGACCCCUGCGGUGAGGGUUGGCAGGGUGUUAUAUGUAUCGGCUCUAAUAUAGAUGCAAUAAAUUACGUUGCUGCAACUAUGGAAGGACAGCUAGGCAGCCUAGGAAACUUCACCUCAAUAACCUCAAUAAAUCUUAGCAACAACAAAAUCACCGGAACUAUACCAGAUGAUCUACCUGUUACACUGCAGAGUCUUUUUCUUUCUGAUAAUCAACUCACUGGAAGCAUCCCGGCGUCAAUAUCAAAACUUCGAAGUUUAACAGCCAUGUCACUCAAUGAUAACCAUCUUGAUGGACAACUACCAGAUGCUUUUAGUUUGCUUGUCGGACUCGUAAAUCUGGAUAUUUCUUCCAACAACUUCAGUGGUCCAUUACCGACUUCUCUGGGAAGCCUGUCAUCACUGACCACACUGCGGAUGCAGAAUAAUCAACUAUCUGGGACCCUUAAUGCCUUGCAGGAUCUUCCCCUCAAAGAUUUAAAUGUAGAGAAUAAUUUAUUUUCUGGGCCAGUUCCUCCCAAGUUGCUGAACAUACCAAACUUGAAAAAGGAUGGGAACCCAUUUAAUACUAGCAUUGCACCUUCUGCGUCACCCUCUUUAACACCAACAGGCCCUACACCAACACAAACACCAUCAUCCCCCUCAUCCUCUUCAGGAACUCCAUCAUCUAAUACACCCUCGAACUCAUCCGGUGGAUCCACAGCUCGAGACAGCAGAUCUGCAUCGUCUGGGAAACAUAAGUCUUCAACUCUCCGGACGGUUGGAUAUGUUCUUCUUUCUAUCGUGCUAUUUAUAGUUGUGGUGCUGCUGGUAAUAUUUUGCCUGUCAAAGUACCAAGAGAGACAGUCGAGGCGUGAGCGUGACUAUACAACAAGUCAGGUGGGGAGGGUGCGCCAAAGGGCUGAAGAGCCAAAAGUUAAGCAAGCUUCAGUACAGUCAAGGAACGAGACGAAAAAAGACUCGGCUGAGGUUCCUAAUAGGAAGCAGGCUCGUGAGAUAAAUUUGGCCAUACCAGCUGCUCCUGAUAAGCCUCCUGAAAAGAGAAAAGAGCACGUAAUUAACUUGGAGCGAACGGAAUCGGAUAUUUUUGCUGCGGCGCCUCUGCCACCUCCACCGCCUCCGCCACCACCGCCUCCACCUCCGCCGCCACCACCAUUGCCGUCACCACCACCACCACCACCUCCUGUUGAAAAAUUAAUUGUAAAUCCCGUUGUUAGGCAAGAAAAAAGAGUUGUCACUCCACCGAGGACAGGUCCCUCAACAUCUGCAACAUCCUUUUCUGUUGCAACACUUCAGCAAUAUACAAAUAGUUUUGAAGAGGGGAAUUUGAUAAGAGAGAGCAGGAUGGGAAAAGUAUAUCUGGCAGAACUUCCAGAAGGCAGAUUAUUGGAAAUUAUGAAAAUCGACAAUGCCAAUGGAAGGAUACCAGUUGAUGACUUCUUGGAGCUGGUUGCAUGUAUAUCAGAUAUUCGACACCCUAACAUCCUUGAGCUUGUUGGAUACUGUGCAGAAUAUGAGCAGCGGUUACUUGUUUAUAACCACUUCAGUAGAAAAACACUACAUGAUGUGUUACAUGAAGGAGAUGAUCUAGGUAGUGCACUAUCUUGGAAUGCACGUCUCCAGGUCGCUCUUGGUACAGCAAAAGCCUUAGAGUACCUCCAUGACACCUGUGAGCCUCCAGUAGUGCAUCAGAAUUUUGAACCAGCCAAUGUGCUCCUCGAUAAUGGAUUCUCAGUUCGUGUGGCUGAAUGUGGACUGUCAGAAUUGAUGUUGUCAGGUUCUGUUACACAGUUAUCUGGUCGCUUACGGGCAUUACUCAAUUACGAGGCACCUGAAAUCCAGGAAUCUGGGACUUUUACUGAUCGAAGUGAUGUUUACAGUUUUGGUGUGGUAAUGCUAGAACUUCUCACUGGCCGUAAACCAUAUGACAGUUCUCGCCCGCGUGCUGAACAACAUCUUGUUAGAUGGGCUGAUUCUCAGCUUCAUGACAUUGAUUCUCUGUCAAAGAUGGUUGAUCCUUCUAUUCGUGGAGAGUGUUCUGAAAAAGUGUUGUCACGUUUUGCCGACAUCAUCAGUCGUUGUGUUCCGCCGGAACCAGAAUUUAGAUCACCAAUGUCUGAUAUUGUGCAAGAUCUAGCAAGGAUGUUAAGUGAUACUGGCGAGGAAUCAGAGUGACAAACAGAGCAAGAAGGGGCCAGUGUACAUGUCGAAUGUUAGCAGCACAGACAGUGAAAUAUUCAGAGGAAACUUUGCAGCAUUCUGGGGAAAUCCUGUGAAUAUUUAUAAUGGACAACACUGUCCACCAGUGUACAUGUUGAUUUGGAGCCUCAUGUUACUUCCAGAAAGGAGGUAGUAUAUUGAUUUGGGCCUCCUUUACUUUCAGAAAGGAGGUAGUAGUUCAGUGACAUCUGGGGGGUGGGAAGGGGUUGUGGGGCUUCUCAUUAUUGCUGACCAUAUCCUUGUACUAUUCUAGGCAUGAUCACCUGUAUCUCUUGUAAUCACCGAUAAUUUUGAUUAGCUUAUGACACUGAAGCUAGUGAUGUUCAUAUGUUUCUCAGUGUGCUUGGGACUCUUCUAUCUCUGAGAACCCUCCAAAAUAAAUUCUCUAUUUCUAAUUC